AUGGCUUUGGUUAUUAGAUACGUGAACAAUAAUGGAGAGAUUGUAGAAAGAUUCUUAGCCUUGGUACAUGUCACUGAUACUACAGCAAAGUCAUUGAAGGAAGGGAUUGACUCAGUGUUUGCUAAGCAUGUUUUAUCUUUAUCAAGGUUAAGAGGUCAAGGUUAUGAUGGUGCAUCAAAUAUGCGGGGUGAGUACAAUGGUCUGAAAACCCUUAUACUAAAUGAAAACAUAUCUACGAAGUACAUCCAUUGUUUUGCUCAUCAGCUCCAGCUAGUGGUGGUAAAUGUUACAAAACAACAUGGUGCUAUAAGUGAUUUUUUCACCAUUGUCACUAUGAUUGUGAACACAUGUGGAACAUCUUGUAAAAGGAGAGACAAACUACGACAAGCUGAGCAUGAGAAAAUUGUCAAAUCUCUAGAAAGUGAAGAGAUUAAAAGUGGAAGAGGUUUAAAUCAAGAGAUGAGUUUAAGGCGGCCGGGUGACACUCGAUGGGGAUCACACUUCACUACUUUGCUUCGUCUAAAAGGUAUGUGGUCAUCGAUAAUUGAAAUGCUUGAACAUGUGUAUGAAGAUGGUACUAAUCUAGAUAAUAGAGGUAUAUCAAAAACAUUGAGUAUGAGGCUUGGAAGCUAUGACUUUGUAUAUAUUUUACACUUGAUGGUAGAGUUGCUUGGGUCAACAAAUGAUUUGUCAAAAGUUUUGCAACUUUGGGAUCAAAAUAUAGUUCAAGCUAUAUCUUUGAUUGAUACAACUAAAAGGAAUUUGCAAGACUUUCGGGAGAAUGGAUGGAACCAAUUCUUGAGACAAGUUGAAGAGUUUUGUGUGACUAAUUACAUUGAUGUCAUCAAUAUGGAUGAUACCGUCAAGUUUGGUGUGCGAAUGAAGCGAGGGGAACGCGUUACAAAUUAUCAUCAUUACAAGGUGGAGGUUUAUUGUCAGGUUCUUGAUUUAGUUAUUCAAGAGAUGGAAAAUCGUUUCCCAGAAACAAAUACAGAAUUGCUUAUUUGCAUGAAUUGCCUUAGUCCAAGAACUCCUUUGCUAGCUUCAAUAUCGACAAGUUGUGAUAUAGUUGAUAAAGUCGAAUUCUCCAAUAUUGAAGAUUUGGGAAAUCUUGCAAAGAUUUUGGUCGCUACCACAAGAGAUAAGGCUUUUCCCUUGGUAUACCGUUUGAUUGAGUUGACUCUGAUCCUCCCUGUUGCGACUGCUUCUGUUGAGAGAGUAUUUUCUUCGAUGAAAUUUAUCAAGACUGAUUUGCGAAACAGGAUGGAAGAUGGUUGGAUGAAUGAUAUCUUAGUUGUAUACACUGAGAGGGAAAUUUUUAACAAAAUUGAAAAUGAGGCCAUUCUUCGACGGUUUCAAGAAAUGGCGUCACGUCGAAAACAAUUAUCAUCUAGAGCCUCGUAA